GGGUAAAGGCCUUUCUUCACUUGGGCUUCAAAGAGAGGGCAGAAAAUUGAGAAAGUAAUUCAAGAAGCGAGGGGAUCUCUAAGAACUUUCAAGAUGAUUUUCAUGAUGGAAUGGAAAAACAUGACUAUAUUUGUUUUGACCAUUUUCACAUUAAUGAUAGGGAAUCUUCUUGGAUUAGAGAAUAACAUUGACGAUGUAUCGGGAAAGAAAGAAACCAAACAGAUGAAAAGAUCUCUGAAUGACUUGGCGGGAUUUGAUAUGAAUGCUUUUGCCCGGUACUUUCCUCGGGCGUAUAUUCCAAGCACACCGGCUCCCGAGGACGUUAAUUGUUACAUGGAGGUGGAAACAACAAAAGUUGUCGGUGGAAGAUGUGUUAAUAUGGGACGAUCCCCUAUCAGAGCCUGCCAAUCAGGGAUUCACUCAGAAAUUUACCACCCAGAUUGUAUGGGAACCACUACACAGGAGUCUAGGAGCUCGAGCCCGACACAAAGCACAUAAGGGCUCACACGAAAAAAAUGAAUGAUAUUUUUAAAACAAUUUUCCUUUACCAUUGAAUUCAAGCACAGUGUAUAGUAUUUCUUUGUACUUCGUUGUAUCUCUUUUCUUAGCGCAUUGUAUAUCAAUUUGUAUGUAAAAAAAACAAAAAAACCAUUUACUAAGAUACAAAUUCCAAUAUCACCUGAAAACAUAUUUUACGUACCAUAAGACAUUCUGCUGGUAUCGAAUUAUGUUGCAUUAUAAAUGGUACUUGCACUUACAAUUUAAGUCAGCAGGAAAUUCUAAAGAUGUUAUUUAGAGUACAUGUAAUAAAAAGAAAAACACCAAAAAGAUAAGAGA